AUGGUGUUUCCUCCGAGUUCUAGGUUAAACCAUCGAACUGAUGUAGACAGCAAGGAGUUUCACGCUUACUGCUUCUCUCUCGCUAAUCGAAUCGAUGCUGCUAUUGGGAAAGAUAAAGUUCCUGUGGACUCUCAAGCUCUUGCUGUAACCCUUAAUCACGUGUGUCAACAAAGAUGUAAUGAUCAAACAAAGGCUGUGAUAAUGACGCUUAUGAUCUCAGUCAAGAGUGCUUGUCGGCUUGGAUGGUUCCAGGAGAAAGAGUCUCAGCACUUGUUGGGUCUGGUGGACUCGAUGUUGAAGGGUUUCACUAGUCAUGAAGACGUUGCCUCUAGUGUCAAUGGUCCCAUCACUCUAAUUCCACAGCUCAUGGAGAGGUUCUAUCCGUUUUUGAAGCUGGUGCAUAUUCUUUUUUCUUCUGAAGCCACGGCAGAAUCAAACAUGUUGGUCAAGGACUUCCAUAUUUCAACGAAGAUGCUGCAACAUUCUCCCCAAGCCAAAGUAGGAUUAUUUGUUUUCCGGACAGAGGACAUAAGCAAAUCUAGUUGUCUUAUACAUCCACAAGAAGUCAGCUUUUUGUUGAAUGGAAAAGGCGUUGAAAAGAGAUAUUGCAACGCAAUGGAGCCUGGGCCGCAGUGUCCAACAGAUGUUACUGCCCUGCUCAACCUUGGAGCAAAUCUUCUGCAAACCAUUGGCUGCUUUGGAGGUAGUUACUUCAUUGUUAUUGCCUUAUUGGAUAAGAUACCACUGCCUGUGAAUCCAUCGCUGAAAGAUUAUGUUCAAUCUGAAGUCAUUGUAUCAAAUUCAGAUUCUGACAUAAUCGAGGGACCAUCAAGGAUUUCUCUCAGCUGUCCUAUCAGCCGCACUCGUAUCAAGCUACCUGUGAAGGGUCACGUCUGCAAACAUCUUCAGUGUUUUGAUUACUGGAACUAUGUCGAAAUAAACACGAGGAUACCAUCAUGGCGCUGCCCUCAUUGCAAUCAGCCUCUCUGCUAUACUGACAUCCGUUUAGAUCAAAGCAUGAUUAAGAUUCUAGAAGAGGUGGGUUGUAAUGCCACUGAUGUGGUGAUCGCUGCUGAUGGAUCAUGGAGUGUUGUAGCAGAGGACGAUGGGAAUGCGGAAGCUGUGCCAGAAACCACUCAUGAACACGGAGACCCAAGUAGCUUCCAGGACUUGAGGCCAGCUGUUUUGGAUCUUACCAGUGAUGACAAUGGUAUGGAAACAUCCGAAGUCACUCAGAUCAACGAAAAGAAGCGUUGUCUAUCCGAUAUUAGUCCUGUGAUGGGUUAUCCUAUACUCAACCAGUCUUCUGCUUCAUUUGACGCGCUGCCACAGUUGCCACAAGCUUUGAAUGUUUUUGAUGGGCAGCAACGGUUCAUGAACUUUCCGCAAGUAGUAAACACUCAAGAUUCAGCAGCAAGAGAAGUCGUACACAUGCCAUUCUUACCAACCUCAUCUCCACAAAAUAGAUUAGCUACUAAUACAUCCAGCUUUCACAUACCAAUGCCUACUGCUCAGUCUUCUCAAUUUCAAGGGUCACAUGUUACGCCCCUUGGACAUUCUCUAGGAAGAGGUUCUGGAUGGAACAACCAGAUGUAUGAUAAUGGCAUAACUCAAACUCAGUUGCCACCCAUGCCUCCUCCGUUGCAUCAUCAAUAUGCAAUGCAGAAUCAGAGGCUUCACACCAGGAGGUCCAGGAGCUUGUCCCCUGCACAGGAAAGACCAAUCCCAUCUGGCAUUACACAUCACCAAAAUUUAGCAGCCAACUAUGGAGGGAUCACUUACCAGAGACUCAUGCAAACACCAAUUCCAAGACCUGUUCAAAGAUUGAAUCCUGUUGGCGCAGUGCAACAGUUGAAUAUGACAUCUGCUAACAGUGCAGGUUUGCGCCCACUGACCCGAAUGCGAGGCAGCCUAACGCCCAGCUCCACGGGGUAUGAACACUUGAUCAUUCGACCUACCAGGCCAGUUCAGACACAAGUGCAAGCACUUGCUCCGCCUCAGCCAACAAAUUACAGUUCUAUCCCGGUUCAGACUCAUGUUCAAGCACUUGCCCCGCCUCAGCCAACAAGUUACAGUUCUGUCCCGGUUCAGACUCAUGUUCAUACACUUCCUCAGCCUCAACCAGCAGCUAACUAUAAUCUAGCUGAUGAAAUUCAAGCAUUCUUGGAGCAUCCAAGCUAUCCGAAUGGUAGCAAUGAAACGCAAGCUGGGACCGGUUCAUUGCCAGUGGAGGAAGGUGUUGGGCCACAGGGUUUGUUUUGGUCAAUGCCUCCUGAGGCAUGGUGAUAUCUGAUGGCUUAGAAACUCAGCACAUGGUUGGUAGCAAAAGUAUGAAUCCCACUAACAAAAAAGGAGAUAGCAUAUAAGUCAAUUUUUUUGUACUAACCGGUUUAGGCUUCCGGUUUGUAUAUGAUGAUCUAAAGGGUAUUCUUGAGAUGUACUCAAUCUUUUGAUCCUUUUUAGUCUAGAAAGUAAAAGAAUUUUUUUUUAAAAGGUUUAUAUUUCAG